UAGGGAUAUGGAAAUAAAUAUUGACAUUAGAAAGCAAAUUUACGACGAAUUCAUGCAGCCGUCCAAUCAAGUAAACAAUCCGCGAAAUAUUUGCUGAGAAUAAUCCCUACUAAAUCUUCACUCCUCUGUAGAACCCCAAUAGACCGAAUAUCUCCAGACGACGCCAUUUCAAACAUCCAAUAAAAUAGUAGGACUGAAAUCCUCACCCUCCUCUUUCACGCACCCCCUCAAAACACAAUCUUUUACCUAACAAUUCUUCAAAAUCCAUUUGUUUUGUUUCCUUCAAAUUUCCUUUCCUUCCGAUCACACGCCCUUUCACAAAAAUUCCAUAAUCUCAAGAUUCCUAUUUUAAAUGGAGAAUCACGAUUCGAGCAACAGCAAUCGGCGGACUCUUCGCAGAAACAGCAACAGCCACAUAUCAAUGUCGGACACCGAGUCAACAGCGAGUCACACCGACUCAUUCCACUCGCCCCUCCGCUCCGACGACCCCGUUUUCCUCCCGGAAAACGACAAUCCCGGCAACAAAACCAGCAAAUCGCUCGUCCCAACCGAGAGAUACUACUCCCCCGUGCCGUCGCCGGGAAAAUCCAACUUCACCACGACAUCGCCACUCGCCGCCGGGAAGGGUGGGCGCCGGCCAUGGCCGCAUUCGGAGAAACCCACCUCGGGAAACGGCGAUAGGGGUGGGCGGAGGGAGAAUUCGGCGGCGGAGAAUCGGGAAUUUGGGGGGAGGGGGAGUUCGCCGGUGAUUUUGGGGCUGAAUCGGCUGGUGAAGGAGGAGGCGCCGCGCGGGGUUAAGAAGGUGGGAGCGGUCGGCGGCGGCGGUGGUGGUACGGUGGAGGAAGGGUUUGUCGAUGAGGUAGGUGGAGAUAGGCGGUCGAGGGCUGCGGUGGAGAAUAUACUGCGGCGGUCGGAGAGGAGCAAGGAGCUGACGAAGGCGGCGUUGGUGGUGAGAGUGUUUGAGGCUCUUGCUUGUGUGAUUUCCUUCAGUGUUAUGGCUGCUGACAAAACGAAAGGCUGGAGUGGCGAUUCGUUUGAUCGAUAUAGAGAGUAUAGAUAUUGUCUUGUUGUAAAUAUCAUCGGCUUCGUAUAUUCUGCUUUUCAAGUGUGCGAUCUGGCAUACCUUUUGGGCACGAAGAAGCACGUCAUCUCUCACCAUCUACGUUACUACUUUGAUUUCUUCAUGGAUCAGAUUUUGGCCUAUCUUAUAAUGUCAGCAUCCUCAGCGGCUGCUACAAGGGUUACAGAUUGGAUAACAAACUGGGGGAAAGACGAGUUCACGUUGAUGGCCAGCGCCUCAAUUGCAGUGUCGUUCUUGGCUUUCAUCGCCUUCGCCAUCAGUUCACUCAUAUCUGGUAACAACCUCUGCAACAGGGAUUCAACUUGAUCACUCUAUUAGUGAGGAGAAUGCUGUACAAAGGCAGUGAUAGGUAGUACUUGUGUAGGCAUUAUUUUUUCUAAGUAUGUUUCAAUAUAAUAUUUAUCUAAUAAAAUAGAUUAUUCCGGUAAUGAUGAUGAGCCUCAUGAACUCUCUAUAACUUUUUUUUAUAAGCAAAUGAAUAUAAACUUAUUGAAAAA